AUUUCUGUUGUCUUUUCCUGUGUGAACUUGAAAUUCGAUGUAAUACAGACGAGUACCACCACUCUUAGUGCAUUAUCCCCGUCACUAUUCAAGAAGCUGCCAUUAUAGUCUUAGGUCCAGUACUACAGUAACUUUAGUGCCCGGACCAAGUCUCGUCGUCUCACCCCAGACUCGCCUCGACUCGACUCAACUAGGCUAAUCAAACAAACGGCCUGGAUCCUUCGACUCAACUCAUCAACUUUGCCUCCUCCAAACUCUUUAACCAAAUCCACGACAAAUCAUUCCAAGUCAACUGCUCGAUUGAUUCAUAUGUAUUAUUAAUCAUCAUCUCACGCCUAAUCUCCCACAAUCACCGCGACAACUAAACAGUCAUCGAUCACACUCUUUUCCUCGGCUUUGGCGCUGACUGUGCCUCAUUCUUCUCAUCUCCCCAGCUUCCAACCCCACAUCUUGAAGCGAUCGACCGACGACACCCGCUAGAAACGUUCGACAGGACUCAUCAAUCAGCUUGGCUCAACUCUACUCGACUGUUUCUGUGAUAACUACGCCUCUUCUUAUUGUUAACUAACUCACUCAAGACUUGCUCACCACAAACAAUAUCAUUGGUAUUGUCUUUUCUCAAUCGGGCAAUCGCCCGUUUCUCCGACCAACCUCAUCUUACUCUCAAGCCGCCGCCCUCAGUCACUCACUCUCACUUUGCCAGUCACUGGCUUUCUACAACACAAGAUGGCGCCGAAUCGCGGCGAAGACGAUAUAGAACGCCUGUCAAGGACCACCAAUGAAUAUCCUUCCAGUUCCAUGAUAGAACAUGCACGGCGUCCUUCAGAAGCUUAUGUCAACCUUCAUGCAAACAUUGAAGCCAAAAUCAAGAACCCUCUCUGGGGUCUUCCACGAGCAAGACUUCUAGCUGAUGUUGAUGACUUUUGUCGAAAAAAGGAACUAGAACAGUACCGCCCCCUCAUUCGCAAGGGCGCUCUAGUUGCGCAGGAUCCCACUGGCUAUGAGGAUAUCGAUGGAGACGAGAAGCUUGACGACACAGAGAUACAAGCGCUCAGAGACGAAAUCCUCCACAAGUGGCGAGUCCCUUUUGUUCUGUACUUGACCGUUGCGACAUGUUCCAUCGGCGCCGCCGUACAAGGAUGGGAUCAAACAGGUUCGAAUGGAGCGAAUUUGGAGUUUCCCUAUGCUUUCAAUAUCGGCAGCGAAAGUAUACACGACAAGCUCCUCGUCGGUCUCGUCAACUCUGCCCCUUACAUCGGGACAGCCCUGUUUGGCUGUUGGCUUUCGGAUCCCCUGAAUUCCCGUUGGGGUCGUCGCGGCACGAUAUUCUUCUCGGCCAACUUCUGUCUCUGGCCUGUCAUUGGGAGUGCUUUCUGUAACAGCUGGAGACAGCUUUUUGCGUGUCGUGUAUUACUUGGUAUUGGAAUGGGCACCAAGGCUUCAACAGUCCCCAUCUUUGCCGCGGAGAACUCACCUGCCCCGAUUCGAGGAGCCUUUGUCAUGAGUUGGCAGAUGUGGACGGCUUUCGGUAUCUUCCUAGGAACAUGUGCGAAUGUCGCUGUUACGAAAAUCGGCCAUAACGCAUGGAGAUUCCAACUAGGAUCAGCGUUCAUCCCAGCUGUACCCUUGAUGUGCUUGAUUUACUUCUGCCCAGAAUCGCCGCGUUGGUACAUGAAGAAGAACCGUUACCAAGAUGCGAUGAAAUCCCUGUUACGACUACGAAACCACCCGAUCCAGGCCGCUCGCGAUCUAUACUAUAUCCAUGCGCAACUCGAGGUCGAACUGGACUUUAUUGGCGAGGCACACUAUGCCAAACGUUUUAUCGAACUUUUCACCAUUCCUCGCGUGCGCCGUGCUACUGUAGCUUCAUUCGUCGUUAUGAUUGCCCAGCAGAUGUGUGGGAUCAACAUCAUCGCAUUCUACUCGACAAGUGUGUUCCGGGAUGCAGGCGCCGACGAUAACCAAGCUCUGCUGGCAUCGAUGGGUUUUGGACUGGUUAACUUUGUCUUUGCCUGGCCUGCAAUAUGGACGAUAGACACCUUUGGUCGACGAUCUCUGCUACUCUUCACUUUUCCUCAGAUGGCAUGGACACUACUUGCAGCAGGUCUAUGUACUUUGAUCCCAGGCACAGGCGGAGCUCACAUGGCUUUGGUUGCGUUUUUCGUCUAUCUUUUCGCGGCCUUUUACUCACCUGGCGAGGGUCCUGUGCCCUUUACCUACUCGGCUGAAGUGUUUCCUCUGUCGCAUCGUGAGGUGGGCAUGUCGUGGGCUGUGGCAACGUGCCUUUUCUGGGCGGCAGUGUUGUCUAUUACUUUCCCACUGAUGUUGGCUAGACUACAUGCUAUUGGUGCUUUUGGGAUGUAUGCAGGCUUCAACAUUGUUGCGUUGGUUAUGAUUUUCUUGCUGCUACCAGAAACAAAGCAGCGGACACUCGAGGAGCUGGAUUACAUCUUUGCAGUACCCACUCGUGUCUUUAUGAGAUAUCAAGUUACGAAAGUGCUUCCCUGGUGGAUCAGACGAUGGAUCUUGUUCCAACGAGAAGCAAGACUGGAGCCUCUGUAUCAGUUUGACACAGUUGGCGAACCCGAGGAUAAUCACAGCAGUGACUUUGGCUACGAAAACGACAAGGCAAAAGUUGAAUUGAAGGAUACAAUUGGACUUACGUCAGGAGUUCAGACGACACGAUGAGGUUGAUGGUGGAUAUUGUGAUAUCAUGACAUUUGGCGUUUGUUUAUGGGAGACUUGAUUUGGAGAUUUUGUCUGUACUGUACUCUUAUGAUACCCUGCACGAGAAAGUAGCAAGCGAAAUGGAAUUGGGCCUUGCCUUCAACUAAAGGAGAUGAAUACCCCACGAAAGAGGAGAAACGAGGGUAUUAGUUUCUAGUCAAGUGACGUAAGGAGGAGACUAGUUAUUGUAUGAUAAUGGUCUACGUCGUUUGUACAAUUUCCGUCUCUGAUCGUUAUUCAUCAAAACCCGACGCUGAAAUUCGCCGAGCUCCUUAGUUCGAUGUGAGUGACGUCGUGAUAGCGGAAAGUGAAGCGGGCUUCUCAACUGAACUGGUCUUGGCCCAAGGUGGGAAUUCCGUCAUUCUCAUUCGGGGCCUCGGGAGACGAUCACCAUCUCCACUUGAUCAACAUUCGGAUGGGUUGGAAAGAGAUAAAUGCCCAAAAGGCGUUGAUGCUCAGUGACAGAACUGAAUUAGGAAGGGAGACGAUAAUGCCGAGGCCGACAUGGGCGUCUAAUCGAGGAGACACACCGUUUCUCCAUACAAGUUCUCAUUCAACGUCAUGAUGUUUGCGCGCGCUUAGUGAGUGACGCACAUACUGUGUAGCGUAGCUUCUUCUCGUUUACGAUACCCGACGAUACGAACUGGGGAGUGAGAAGUCUUUGGGCGUUUCUACAGUAGAGCAAGAGCACGGUCAAGCUUUUCCGGGGAUGGCUGAUCGAUCAGAUCACGUUGCAUUUUCUUGUUGUUGCUGGUUGAAGCGGAGACUGCUGAUCGACCUACGUGGAUUCCUCGUGAAUAAUGGGAUCGACAUUGCGUUGUCGAAGGUGGAUGGGCACUGUGGGUGAGGAGUGAGACAUGAAGGGUCCAGCAGAUUAGCAACUGUGAGAAUGAUCAUUGAAGAUGAUAAUGGCAAAAUAUUAUAGUAGCAAGUUGAAGUUGAAAGAGUAACAAA